GGUCGGCAACAAGCCUCUCUCUCUCGUUUCCUUUCAGUUCAAUAGGUUAUGGCAGCUGCCGCCCUCACCGCUCGUUUGGCUGUUCUGCCGAAGCAUAAAUUUUGAUCCUCGCACCUGCAUCAUUCACACUCUUUUCUUUCCUCUUUAUCCUACUCUCAUUGCCCUUUGUUCUUACUCAACAAGCCAUUCUCGCAACCCAUCGAGUUUCAGCAACAUAGCCUUCGUCCGCCCGAACGCCAGCGCCUCUACACUCUUUUUACAUGCACUCACUCUUCUCCUCUGCCAAACCAGUUUCAAUUUUCACUGAACUGUAGAGAAGGCAAGCAAAUGGCGCGAUCCGACAACACCAGAGUACCUUUAACCGCGUCCCGCCGCUGCCUAUUGAACAAAUUGGACUUGAUUAAGAAGCAAGACAACGAAAUAAAAAAGCAGAAGAAACAGCAAGUCGGAGACUAUCAUCUACUCUCUACUACUACCAUCUACUACCAUUUACUCUCUGCUACUAUCAUCUACUCUCUAUUACUAUUAUCUACUAUUGCUACCUUCUUCUAGUAUUAUUUACUCUCUGCUACUACUAUCUACUACCAUUAACU